AUGUUCGAGAAAGUGAAGGAAGUGGCUCUGCCGCAAGGCACUGUCUCACCAUGGCCAUCGAAUUUGGCAGUGUGUUGGCUUGACACCCGGAACAUCACCUAUGUGGCUGUUAUUCAAUCGAACAAUAUCCACGUCGGCAACUGGGAUAACAAGGCUGAGACAGAAGUCAGUUGGGAUACUAUCUCCACUUCGGAGCCGUCGACUCCAAAUGAGAAAGUGAUCGAUGUGACUACGGUCGGCUUGGUCCACCCGAACGCCCGGAACUUUCCAGUCGUAAUCGUCGGCUCAGCACGUUUUAUAAACGUAUACGACGUGAAGAAGGUGAGCAAUAAGCCACUGUUCUCUAUCACACUUGCUUCGGCACUCCGUGACCACGUGACGGCUGUCGGAAGGGAUGUCGGACCAUACUGUAGGGGAAUUUCGUGUAAUGACAACUCGAUUCUAGUUGGUACCCACACCGGCGAGAUUGUUGUCAUUGUAUGCAAUAGCGAUACCAACUUCACUGCUCGCAAGAAUUUGAAGGAGCACCGUAGUGCAAUUGCAGACAUUGCUACAUGUCGUUACGAUGAGGUUACAGCAAGCGCCGAUUCGAAUGGAGAGUUGAUCAUCUGGCAGAAGCCAGUGAAGGGCGUCGGUUCCAAAGUUCUUACGAAACAACCAAUAAACGUGAUCAACGUGCUCCGUAAGCAGGUGAUCGUCGGUACGUUAAGAGGUCUCAUCCAAUACUAUUCAGUGACAACCGGCGAGUUGAUGUGUGAGAUCGACGCCCAUGCGAGACCAAUCAACAGUGUCUCUGUUGCUCCGGAGAGCGCCUAUGUGCUCACAUCUUCUGAAGAUGGAACCUUCAUAGUCUCCAAGCUCCACACCCGUAAACCACAUGCCUAUCAAGUGGAGUACCGCUUCUCAGACGCCGAUCCGUAUAACAUCAUCAUGGGAGCCCAGUUCACAAACGGACGUGGCAGUGCCAUUGCGGUUGCGGCGUUCGACAGUAACUGUCUGUCAAUGUACAAGAUUGUCAAGAAGGCGAGUAUUGCGGCUGCAGCAUCGUCCACUUCUGCUUCCUAA